GGACUUGAGGCUGGGAAUAAUUUUAGAAGGACGUUGUCUUGACGCAUUGACAGAUAGCUCACUUCAGGUUUCGGCAUCAUGUCAACGAGGCUUGAAAAGCCUUCGAUGCGGUUCACGGUGCCGGACUGGCACACCGCUAACAUGACCAUGGUGGCUAGCGGAGAGCAGCAGCGAGGGAAGUCAAGACAGUGCCGCGAGGAGGCCCGCCAGAUGCAAAACGAAGCGGAGAAUACUAGUAAAUGGGACCAGCAGGAGAACACCACGCGCCUUGCACAAAGGGUGGGCGAUAUUGAAUAUUGGAAGAACACACUGGAGAAAUGUUUGAGCGACAUCGACAGCGAGAUAGCGUCGCUCUCUGAAGCCAAGCAUCACACAGAGAACGCCCUCGAGGCCAUGGCCGUGCCGCUAGACGUAGCACUUGAGUGCCUGACUUUGCGAGAGGGCAGAGAGGGCACGGACAUUGUCGCGGAUGGGGUGGAAGACCAGCUCAACACCGAAGUGCAAGUGAUUGCUCAGGCGAAGCAGCAGCUACAGCAGCGAUGCAGAGAAGGAUUUGAAAAGCUGAUACAGCUACAGGAAGCUCGUCAGCAGGUGGUGCUGGAUCUGCAGGAUAAGAGCGUGGCGUACAUCAUAGACACGCAGCAGCACACGCUUAACGAGAGUACACCCGGCAUCAGCCUCAAGCCUGACCCCGUGCGCGUGCCCAAGGGCUCGGUGGUGCCACCUAACUGGAAGAAUUUCAGCGAACAGAACUGCAUGAGAGCGGAGGCAUUGAUGAAGGCUUCUAGCAAGCUCAGAGAGGCGAUACAGAUCACGCUCAACAGGACGACGAUACGCCUCGCCUCGCAGCACUCUGCGACCAACUUCGCGUUCCGCAAGCGCACGCACGAGACGGAGCGCGCUCGAGACGAGCUGGCGUGGCAGCGCGGCGAGACGGAGGCGGAGAUCGAGCGCCUCGAGCGAGACGUCGACCGCCUCGACGAGUCGAUGCGAGACAAGCGCGCGCCGCUCAAGCUCGCGCCGUGACGGCGCCUCGUAGAACGCACGGCGAGACCCAACAUGGAACUGUGCCGGCGACACGUGCAGUACGGACUCACCGCGGAGGUGCUGAGCGUGGAAGCCACGAUCACUACGCUGCAGCGUAAGCUGUCCGACGCCAAGGACGUGCUGCACCGCCUGCAGAGCCACCUAUACUCGCUCACCGGCGACCUCGGACACAAGAACGCCGCUCUGCAGCUCGACCGGCAGUGCGUCGAGAUCAGGAAGCGGCUGGCGCCCCCUGCCCGCAGCGCGACCGACGCCAACCUGCUGCUGACGGGGCUGCAAGCGGCGGCGGAGGGGGCGGGGCCGCGCGGGACGACCCACUGCAACACGCGGGGGACGGGCAUAUACGACGCCAUGUUCAACAGCGCGAUGGGAACCAUGCGGGAGACGAUGGGAAGCGCGGGCGGAAUCGGCGGCGUAGGGGGCGCCACCAUGCUGCGCGACGCCGGCACGCUGAGCACGUUGCGCCCCCUGCCCGCCGCCGCUACCGUGCAGUCCGCGCUGCCCUCUGGUGGCGACGGGAGCACGCUGACGGGAGUGGUGGCCAACAAGGAGGAACGCACUGUGACCUUCGCUUAA